UUUGUUAACAAAUGUGCAUUGUUUAAGAAAAUAAACGAACUGCAACUGCAACUGCAACUGAGCAAGCGAGAGAGCACGCGAGCGUGAGCGAGUUAGAGAUAGAGUGAGAGCAGCCAUAACCUUUGUGGAACAAUGAGAUUAGCAUUAUUAUUGUGCACGCUAAGCGCUUUGGCUUGUUUAGCCAGCGCCUUGGCCUCGCCGGAGCCUCCCACCAAGUCCUCGUCGAGCGCCUAUCCCAAGAAGGUCACCACGCUAAAGAAGCGACCCACCAAAACGCCCACCAGCUCCACCAGCAGCACCUCCUCGGCCAGCCAUGCCACCAGUCGCAGCACCAGCAAGCCAAGCAAGCCACGUGUCAAGAUCAGCAGCAUCCUCAAGGCGGCGACCACGUCAACAACAACAACAAAGGCAACUGUGAAAACAACAAAGUCGCCAGCACUGGAUGCUACCUUCAGCAAUUUGCCCGCUGAUGAUUUGGAGUUCAUCAAGGAGCUGGACAAGCAGUUCAAGCUGCACGGCAACAAGAUCAAAAUCAAAGUGGAGCGCGAUAAUUCAACAGCAGCCAACAAGAAUAGCAAGCGCACCAUUGAUGGCGAAUUGGGCUAUGGCUACGCUCAUGCCGGCUAUGACUAUACGCCGCCCAAGUUUAUGUUCUAUCCGUACUCUCAGCACGAUAUUCCGGCCACAGAAUCGCCCGAAGCGGAAACCUAUGCCGCCUACUCGCCAGCCAUGGACUAUGAGGAGUCGCCAACGCCGCCGCAGCAUCAGCAAGUGACCAGCGUAACCAUUGAGCCCUCCUAUUCGUAUGAGCUGAAGCCACAGACAAGCUACGAAACGCAUCAUCAACAGCAAGAGCAACAGCAGCAGCAGCAUCACCAGCAACAGCAGCCGGAGACGCAGCCACAGAUUGACUUGCCACAGGCUGAAGCCGAUGGCUAUCAGGAGCCAGUCAUAGUGCUGCGCAUACCUGGCCCAGCCAAAUAUGCGGCACAUUUGCAAACGCUGCUGCAGCAAUAUUUGGAAAUACGCGCUGCUCAGUACUUGCAACUGUUGCAGGAAGCAGAGCAACGCAAGCAGCAGCAGGAGCAGGAGCAGCAGCAGCCCGAGGAGCAUCUACCACAGCCAUAUGCCACGCAGGAGCAGCACGAACAGGCGCACUAUCAUCCCGAUGUAAGCUAUGCGCAUCAGCUGGCGCCCACGCCGCCACCAGUACAAUAUGGUGCCAUCGAUGAUGUCUAUCAAAGCUACAAGGGUCGCCAUCAGUACGAGCAGCCAGCCACAGCGCCGGAGCACGCCUACUACACACACGCCCAUGCCCAAGCCCAUGCCCACUAUCAGCCACAGCCGCAGUUCUACUACGCACAGCCACAGGAGCAGCCGCAACAGCAUUACGAGCAACAUUAUCAGCCACAGCUGUAUCUGAUUGCCAUGGCUCCAGGUCCAGGUCCAGCGCAGGCAGCAGCGCAUUAUGGCGAGCCAGCUGUUGCGCAGGCUCAGGAGCAAGCUGCAGCGCCACAGCAGCAGCCCAUCUAUGUGCCCGAACAGGAGCCAGCUGCUGCACCCGUCGAGCAUGAUCUGCCCAUAACUGAGAACAAUCCGCGCUCCACGCACACCAAGGUCAUCUUCAAUCCGCCCAGCUCCUAUGCCAGCUAUGAGCAGCAGCAGUCGUCAGCACAUCAAUCCUCAGCAGCUGUGGCAGAGCCCGCUGCCGACUAUCAGCCGCCCAGUGCGCCCAGCAGCGCUGGCAGCGAGGAGGGCAUUACUCAGCCGCCCUACAACUACCAUGCCCAUGGUCUGAAGAUGCUGCAUGGCAUGCGCCAGGGCAAGCGCUCGGCAGGCAACGAGCAGCAGGCGGAGCAUCAGCUGCAGCAGAUUCGCGAGUAUGUCCGCGAGAAACUCGGUGCUGAGAUGGGCUCCGCUGUGGAGUACAAGACAACGCAGCUGCUGGAGGGCUAAAUAGCAAGCAACCAGUGCAGUACAGUACAGUACAGUGCAGCCUGCCUAUGACGCAUGCGCUGUACUGUAACGCGUAUGUUUAUUAUUCGUAUUUUACCAAUCAUUAGGCGCAUCUGUCAUUUCAUUAUUGUUGUAAAUGCAGUUAGGCAUAUAUCCAGCAUAUAUGUAUGUAUACCUAUUGUUCGUACUUAGUAUUUAUUAUGAUUCUGGAAUCAGCUGCAUACCAUCAAACGAUUUCUCAUCCUUCAUCUGCCUGCGCUACGCCCGCCACCCUGCACCCUCCACCUGCGAUUCAUUGUUUUUGUUUUUGUUU